AUGUAUGCUCUGGAUCUUAUACAGAGAUUGAAAAUAGCAAUAGAUGUUGCAGCAGCCUUGGAAAAUCUUCACCAUUGCCAUACAUUCUCCGUUGUCCAUUGUGAUAUAAAGCCGAGCAAUGUGUUGCUUGAUCAAGACAUGACUGCUCAUCUUGCUGAUUUUGGUAUUUCCAAGCUUUUCGAUGGAGGAGAAACUGUCAUCCAAACACAAACAAUGGCAACCAUCGGUCACGCAGCACCAGGUGAUCUAUUAUCCAGUGAAGAUCAACAUUACUCUGCGAAGGAGAAAUGGAUGUUAUCAGUGUUUGAUUUGGCAAUGCAAUGUCUAGCUGAUUCAGCAGAUGAAAGAAUCAAUAUGAUUGAAGCAUCGACUGCUCUGCACAAGAUCCAUGCUACAAUUGUGGCAAGUACAGUUACAGGUACUCGUCGUCUACCAGUUCAUAACCAUCUAGUUUGA